GUAGGCUGUGACUCUAUGAUUGUGGAAGAUACAUCCAUUUAUUAUACGCUGUUCAUUAUACGUUUCAUAAACGGUGGUGUCAGAUAGAAUUGAUCGUUUUACUUCACGUUCUGUUCCAGAAAUUUCUAAUAAAUCCUUUCAGUGAAAUUUUCCAUAAAAAUUUAUUUUGUUUUAUACAUUUUAAGUGUUUACGUUAUUCUAUUUUUAAUUAUCGAUCGUAAUCUUUUUCACAAAUAUUCUGUUUUUCAAAAUGUCCUUUUUCGGAUCAUUGAUGAGUGAUCUCGACGAUGAUCCUAUUUUUGGAUCUCAUAUUCAAUCUAUGAGACAUAUGAAUAAUAUGAUGAAUUCAUUAUUUAAUGACCCAUUUGGUAUGAUGGGUCAUCCUAGCCAUAAUGCUAUUGCACAUGCUAAUCAUAGGAAUCGAAAUCAUCAGGAUGAUCUUCAAGUAUUACCAUUUGGAUUUCCACCAUUACCAUCAUUUAAUAUGGGCAAUAUGUUUUCAAAUUUUGAUAAUAUGGCAUCAAGUGGAAAUUGUCAUUCCUUUGUAUCAAAUUCUGUAAUGACAUUUGGUAGUGAUGGUCGUCCACAGGUUUAUGAAGAAACCACAUCCACAACAACUGUUCCAGGUGGCAUAAAAGAAACAAAAACAACAGUCUGUGAUUCUCGUACUGGAAAAAAAAAGAUGGCUAUUGAACAUCAUAUUGGAGAUAGAGCACAUAUUUUAGAAAGAGAACAAAAUAUUCAUAGUGGUGAACAAGAGGAACAUCAGGAAUUUAUUAAUCUUGAUGAAGAAGAAGCAGAAAGUUUUAAUAAAGAAUGGGAAUCACGUGUUCGUCAUUAUGGAAAUUACCAUCAUGGAAAUUCUCAUUAUGGUAUCCAUGGUCAUCGAAAUAGAUUCGAUCAUAGACAGUUGGCUUUACCUGAUCCAUCAGGAAGAUGGACAUCUUCUCCUAGACGUAGUUUAAGAUUAUCAUCAUCUAAACCAUACAACUCAAUUUACAAUUUAAGGUACAACCGCAAAUAUUAAUAAAAUAAAAAGCAUAGUAUACAAUGACACACAUGCAAUUUUGAAUUCAUCCAAUUGUAUUCAAAUCUACAUUAGCAGUACUGCAGUUGAUUAUAAUAAGAAACCAAAAA